AUAUUAACAGGCUGAAGUGUUUCUAAGCCCCGCCCAUCCAAUUCAUGAGACCACGCCCCCCUCCGCUCGAUGUGAAAAAGAUCACAGCAGAGGUGGGUCUGAAGUUUACCCCGGUCUCUGCUGUCAGUGCAACACUGGAUCGUUCACUGUGAGGACUACUGUGGAUCACUUGAAGCAACAUGAAGCGAAGCCACAAUUACAGCUCAUCUGACAGCGACCUGGACGACAAUGUCGAGGUGGAGAAGGAUAGUGGAGACGAAAAUGGUCAACUGGAUUCCCACGGCUCGAUGUCGCCCUCCACAACGACCCAAGUCCAAGCCAGAAAAAGGCGCAGAGGGAUUAUCGAGAAACGGAGACGUGACAGAAUCAAUAACAGUCUUUCAGAGUUGAGAAGAUUGGUGCCAAGUGCCUUUGAGAAACAGGGAUCAGCUAAAUUGGAAAAAGCAGAGAUAUUGCAAAUGACUGUUGACCAUUUGAAAAUGCUUCAUGCAUCUGGUGGCAAAGGCUUCUUUGAGGCUCACGCUCUUGCCAAGGAUUACCGCAGCCUGGGAUUCAGGGAGUGCCUGGCAGAGACGGCUCGCUUCCUGAGCAUCAUAGAGGGUCGGGAGAGCACAGACCCCCUCCGUGUACGUCUGGUGUCCCACCUCGGCAACUACGCCUCCCAGAGGGAGGUGCACACUGGACUAGAACACUUAGCCUGGGGCUCUGCCUAUGGGACACCCCCUGCCCACCUCCCACACCACCUCCUUCUCCAGCACCCACAGGCCAGGACACCUGCUUCCAGAAGCAACAGUAGCCCACCCUCCUCCUCUUCCUCCUCCCCUUCUUCAUCUACAUCCUCCUCCGCCACUGAUGCAUCUGGGACAUCAAGACUCAGCGUGGUACCCCCCACAGAGUCCCUCAGGGUGCCUCCAAACGGCUCACUGCCCCUCAGUCUGUCUGUGCCAACAUCCAAGCUCUCAGCCCCGCUCCUUUCAUCCCUUUCCUCGCUGUCGGCCUUUCCCCUAUCUUUCGGUGCCUUCCCUCUGGUCUCCCCAACGGCCCUUGGCACAGUGAGCCCCUCCUCUACCCUGACAAAGCCUUACAGGCCAUGGGGGACUGAGAUCGGGGCGUUCUGAAGCUUAUGACUGGACUCAAGGCAACAGCUGAGCUGUGCCGGGCAGAACAACCUGCCUCAUCUGUUUUAUAGCAAUGAAUAAACAGGGGAACAAAACAAGCUGAUUUUAUUUUAUUUUCUUAAGUAUGAAGAGAAUGAACUUGCUGGUCAGUGUGCCAUCACCCUUUAUAAAGAAAAGGAAUUCUAAAUGAUUAAUGUUAUACGUUGAAAUUGAUUACUAAUCUAGUUAACAUGCACUGCCUCUGAGUUAAUAACUGACUAUUACACAUGGGCCCUGGUUAGAUUUACUGUAAACACAAAUGUAGGUGUAUUAUUUCCUGGACCACUUACUUACUGAAACUUCUACAUUUGUGGAGCCUGUAUGUUUAUAAAAAGUAGAGUUACUUAAUUUGGUGUGACUGUUUAAGGAAUAAAGAACUUGUGGAAAACAA